AUUUGGAUUUACAAAUAAAUUCCAAAAAAUGGCAAAAUUUAGCCACUCCAAACUCAUUCUCUUCUUCCUUCCGCUCCUAAUUUCCCUCCGGACCGCCGUGGCCGCCCCUGCCGGCCGCCGUCACCCUCUGGACCCACUCUCACGGGACGAAAUCGAACUCGUACGAUCACUCGUCAUCAACUCUAUUCGCAACCUCUCCACCACCAACAUCACGUUCCAAUACGUCGCCCUCGCCGAUCCCAACAAGCAAUCUGUACUCUCAUGGCUCUCAAACCCCAAAACCCCGCCGCCACCCCGACGCGCCACCGCCAUCGUCCGUUACAACAGUUCCACACACGAGAUCCUCAUAGACCUGGACCAAAAAGCUAUAAUCUCGGACCGGGUCUACUCCGGUCCAGCCUACUCUGUGUUCACAUUGAGCGAGCUGUUAGACGCCGUCGCUCUUCCGCAGUCCCACCCACUGUUCGUGGCGGCGAUGAAAAAGAGAAGGCUGAAAGUGGAAGAUGUAAUUUGCGCGUGUUAUAGCGUUGGGUGGUUCGGGGAAAAAAUGAAGCAAAGGAGAAUGGUGAAGCUUCAAUGUUAUUAUUCGAAUGGGAGUGUGAAUUUGUACAUGAGGCCGGUGGAAGGCGUGACCGUGACCGUUGAUCUCGAUCAGAUGAAGAUUAUUGGGUUUCGAGAUCGAUACGAGGCUCCGAUGCCAAAGGCCGAUGGAACUGAAUACAGACCAUCUAUGCUCAAACCGCCAUUUUUGCCACCUUUGAACGGAGUUAAGAUGGUGCAGCCGGAAGGACCCAGCUUCAAAGUCAACGGUCACUUAAUUAGUUGGUCAAAUUGGGAAUUACACGUAGGAUUCGACAAGAGAGCAGGGCCAAUCAUAUCGCUAGCAUCAAUCUACGACCUCGAAAAGCAAAAGCGCCGACAAGUAAUGUACAAAGGUUUCAUAUCGGAGCUGUUCGUACCCUACAUGGAUUUAACCGAAGAAUGGUAUUACCGGACAUUUUUCGACGCGGGCGAGUACGGCUUAGGACAAUACGCAGCGUCAUUAGAGCCACUCAGAGACUGCCCAGAAAACGCAGUGUUUAUGGACACGUACAUAGCUGCCGGAGAUGGGAGGCCGAUGAAGAUGGCCAACACUUUCUGUAUAUUCGAACGCCACGCCGGUGAUAUCAUGUGGCGUCACACCGAGCGCGCCAUUCCAAAUAGAAUCAUUAGAGAGACGAGGGCGGAAGUGAGCUUGGUGGUGAGGAUGGUGGCUACUGUGGCUAAUUAUGACUAUGUUUUGGACUGGGAAUUUAAGCAGAGCGGCUCCAUUAUCGCUACUGUUGGGUUGACCGGUUUGCUAGCAGUGAAGGCAUCAAAAUAUACUCACAGAGACCAAAUAAUGGAGGAAGUGUACGGCACGUUGAUAUCCGAGAAUACGAUUGGGGUCAACCAUGACCACUUCUUCACCUACUAUCUCGAUCUCGACGUCGACGGCGGCACCAACUCGUUCGUUAAAUCCAACUUCCGCACUGUCCGACCACCGAAUCCCGAUAACCCUAGGAGGAGCUAUUGGACGGUGGUCUCCGAGACGGCGAAAACAGAGGCGGAUGCGAGGAUCAAAUUUGGGCGUCAAGAGGCGGAGUUGGUGGUUGUUAACCCUAAUCGGAGGACCAGAAUGGGGAAUCCCGUCGGGUAUCGUUUGAUUCCGAAGUCGACGGCGGGUCCCCUUAUGAGUGUUGACGAUUACCCCCAAAUUAGGGCGGCGUUCACGAAUUACAAUGUGUGGGUUACACCGUAUAAUAGCUCUGAGAAAUGGGCCUCUGGGCUCUACACAGAUCAGAGCCGUGGAAAUGAUACGUUGGCUACUUGGACUCUCAGGAACAGGGAGAUAGAGAACAAGGACAUAGUAAUGUGGUACACUCUCGGAGUUCAUCAUGCGCCUUGCCAAGAAGAUUUCCCAUUAAUGCCAACGCUCAGCACUGGGUUUGAGUUGAGACCGACCAAUUUCUUCGAAAGCAAUCCAGUGCUUAAAGUCACCCCUCCCCGCCCGCUCAACCGCUCCGUUUGCGCUCACUAAAACCAUAACUACCUCCUUAUUGUACUUUAAGACUUUCUAUGUCACGAGAUCUCUCACAAUCAAAUAAAUUUCUAUAGUCUGAUACUCAACACUUCCUCUCAAUGCAA